UAGUCGUUGACUGUGCUAUAAAUAGCAACAGUCUCGUACACAUGUGUGAGAGCAUAAGUGAACAAUAAUAAAACCGCGAAGGCGAAGAAGACUGUGAACACAGCCACAAACACUAUAUGUUCUAGGUUUUGGGAAUAACGACUCCUCCCGAACAAAAUGUUGGUGUCAUCGAAUUCUGCUAGACGAGUCGUCCACUGUUUCGUCCGGACACUAUCAUCUACGGGAUGUAAACAAAGCCCGGAGCUGAUCAAGGCCGGCAGUCCGGAUAGCGGAAAUUCUCGAACGACUGUUCCAGCUCCAGGCAUUCGGAGGUUCGGUAGUGGAAGAGUUACCUCCCCUGACACAGCAUCCCAGGCAACAGAAGUUUUCCCCAAAACAUGGCCGGUUUGGGAUGCUAAGAGCGAGCGCGUGACCUUCUUAAACAUGGACUGCAGUGCCAUGGAGACAGCCGCGUCAUUGGAGAUGUUCGAGGUCAAGGUCAAGUGUGACGUGGAACAGAUGACCCCGGAAUGUGUGUACAUUCAGCAGGUGAAUCGGGAGGUGUACACAACUAGACUGAUUCCACUGAUGUCGAGACUUGGAUACGACAGCCACAACUUUCUUGGGGACCAUAUUGGACAGGCGUCAUUCUUCAAAAAAGCUAGCGAAUCAAAGUGAUAUUGAUCGGAAUCAAUGAGAAAACGUUGGAUCUGAAUAUCAGUUUCUACUUGUAUAAUUUGCAAGUGCCAUAUUACAAAACUGUUGGUGAAAUGUGAGUUUUCAAGUCAGUCUGCUUUUAUGGAAAAAAAAUCUAAAUUAAAAGCUUAUCCCAUAUUAUGAACUGGAUUACAUGCCAUUUUGAUAUUCUAUUUAGAUAUACGGAGCCCAGCGAUAUGAAAAAGUAGUUUCGAAACAAUUUGAUUGGUAAAGAAUCUAUUUUUGUCAACCAAUAGGAAUAGUUCAAAUCAUUUGCCUCGGUAAAUGAGCCGCGGUUAAUUAUAAGUGCAGUUCUAAUUAGCUUGUACAUUGGCUCGCAACAUCUUGUAAAGGUGUUAUUAAAA